AUGUCAUAUGAUCAUUCUAACUGUUCGGGCGGCGCGGGUGGCGCCGCCAAACGUUGUGAUUGCGGCGAAGACGGCUGCGAUAAUGAGAAGCUUUGGAACGAUUUCGAGGUUUUUAUUGUUUGAAUAAAAGAAAGAAGUGAGAUUGUUCUAUUUAAAGGUCAGCAGUCGUUUUUAAUUUAAAAAUUGAGUUUUUUUCAAAAAAAUUUUUAUGUUCACAAAUUAUUGUUGAAGUUUUUUUGAAAGCGCAAGUUUCGAAUGACCCGAUGAAACUUCAUGAAACAUUUCCAUUUGCUUUACAAAAAUCCACACCAAGAAUCUGUACUCGGAGUUUUAAAAAAACAUCAAAAAGAAAUUCAUUUUAUUAGAAAAACUAUACUAGAAAAAAAUAUUAUUAUUAGGAAUUAAACUUAAAAAAAGACUUGAGGUAUUUUUAUUUGAAAUCCAAAAAUUUACAAAGACCAGAAAAAUUUACGUUAUGAUUACAUUAAUUAGUUUUAUGAUUACUUUGUCGUGCUUAUUUUUUUCAGGCUUCUUUUUUACGAUGGAAAUUGAAUUUCAGUUUAUUUUUUUCGUUAAUUUUAUUCUGAUCCCAUUUUAUUUGAACCUUUUUUAGUUUCAACAAAAAUUCUUUCUAAAUGUCAAUGAUGCCAUUUCAAAAGUACAAAAUGUCAAAAAUUAUUUUUUUUUUUCAGCAUUGCGCCCAAGCUGUGACUCGUCUUUACGGCGAUCCGACAUGGAAAAGCCUUCAGACUGCGGCCGCCGGGACCACACAGUUGUACAAAGUAAUUUAAUUAGAAAAUAUUCAAAAUGUAUGUUUUAACUUGUUUAAGAGCUCAAUCGACAGUUACAAGCGAGGUUUCGAUAAAGGAUUUCAGGCUGGACGCAGUGUAUUGGCUAAGGUUUGUUUGGCGCUAGAAAUAACUAUUAAAAUAACCACAUUUUCAGGAAAUAUUGGCCGCUUUCUCUUCUGGCACAAAACUUGACUUCAACUCUCUUCUGGGAGUUCUCUAUCAGAACAUGCGGAUGUCUUCUGAUGAGGUAAUUUUCAACUCGAAUUUUCACAGAAAACGGAAGUUUCCAGGGUGCGCAUCUGAAUACGCCAAUGGUCGCUUCGAGCGAAACUGCCGCCGCCAUGCAGCUUUUCCAACAGGCGCUCACCCAGCACACCACUUCCUCCUCGCCGCAUCGUGACCGUACCCCCGAUCUCAACAGCUUCCUCGCCUCACAGGUGCAUAGGAAUAAGUGUUAAAAAAAUUAAUAAAAACACUGAAAAAAGUGUAACUCAACCCUUUGUAGAAUUAUACGGAAGCUUCAAAUAUCACAAAAUGAUUUAACUCGUUCAUAGAUUACUUUUUUAAUGUUAUUUCUCUUCGAUUUGAUUUGAUUCAACUCGAAAUAUUUUUUUGAACCAAAUUGGUACUUUAUCGAAGUGGUGGCAAUAUAACUUUCUUGGUACUCUUCCUCUUCGCCAUAGAAUUCUGUCUAUGAGCGAACAAUAAAAAUUUAAUUUCAUUCCGAUUUUUUUUUCUGGAUCCUAGUAUCAUCCAAUUCGUACCAUUUUUGCAUAAUUUUUUCAGUAAUUUUCGUCGAAGUGUUGUUCGAAGAACAGUUGAAUUUUCAAGAUUUUGAGCGAUUUCUAGCACAUUGAAAAAUUCACCCGAACCUUACUAGAAACGAUCUCUUUAUAUUUUUUUAUUGCAAAAUUAAUUUUUUUGACAAAAUUAAUUUCGGAAGGCAGAAAAAAAGGUCUGAAAAAAACGUUUAGAGUUCAUCCUAAAUAAAUUUCAUUUUUAGAAAAAUAAAUAAGUUCCUUGAAAGUUUUAUUGUAACACCGAAAAAGGGAUAAUUUAUGAAUAUAGGUACAACGCCAUCGAAAAACGCCCGCGCUCCCCAACCUCGCCUUCGUCACAGAUGAAGCGGCAACGGAAGGCAUAAUUUAA